AUGGCCAGCAGUCCUUUGCCAGCCCCCACCGAACUGCUUCUGACGGCCCCAUCCAACGCAUUCCCACCAGAACCGCUGACCCAGCCCCCUCCCGCCUCCCGUGGCUCCUCGGUCCCUUCGGCGGGCGCCAUGAAGCCUAACCAGGUGGGCCAAGUGAUCCUGUACGGCAUCCCCAUCGUCUCGCUGGUGAUCGACGGGCAGGAGCGCCUGUGCCUGGCUCAGAUCUCCAACACGCUGCUCAAGAACUUCAGCUACAACGAGAUUCACAACCGUCGGGUGGCGCUGGGCAUCACCUGCGUGCAGUGCACGCCCGUCCAGCUGGAGAUCCUGCGCCGGGCCGGGGCCAUGCCCAUCUCCUCGCGCCGCUGCGGCAUGAUCACCAAGCGGGAGGCCGAGCGCCUUUGCAAGUCUUUCCUGGGCGAGAACCGGCCCCCGAAGCUGCCCGAUAACUUCGCCUUCGACGUGUCGCACGAGUGCGCCUGGGGCUGCCGGGGCAGCUUCAUCCCGGCGCGCUACAACAGCUCGCGGGCCAAAUGCAUCAAAUGCAGCUACUGCAGCCUCUACUUCUCGCCCAACAAGUUCAUCUUCCACUCCCACCGCACCCCCGACGCCAAGUACCUGCAGCCCGACGCCGCCAACUUCAACUCCUGGCGCCGCCACCUCAAGCUGACCGACAAAACGCCGCAGGACGAGCUGGUCUUCGCCUGGGAGGACGUCAAAGCCAUGUUCAACGGUGGCAGCCGCAAACGAGCCUUGCCCUCCUCGGCCGCGCAGUCCAGCCACCCGCAGCCGCCGCAGCCGCCGCCGCCUUGCCACCCUCUGGCUUCGGUCAAGACCGGCGGGGUGGGGCGGGCCGGGGGCGGGGGGGGCGGCGGAGGCGGCCUGCUCGGCCCGCAUCUCCUAGCCGGACCCCCGCCGCCUCCCCCGCCGCCGGACCUGACCCAGAAGCGGCCCCGCUUCGACGACGACAGCGAGCUCCAAGAAGCGGUGGCGGCGGCGGCUGCAGCGGCCGCGGCUAUGGCCCACGGCAAAGCCCCGCGGAACUACCCGGUCAUUCCGGUGCCCAGCAAGGGAGCCUCCUUCGGGGGCGUCCUGCAGAAGUUCCCCGGCUGCGGGGGUCUUUUCCCGCACCCUUACGGCUUUCCGGCCGCCGCAGCCGCCGCCUUCAGCCUCUGCCACAAGAAGGAGGAAGGCGACGGGCUGGGCGUCGGGGGUCAAGGCGGAUCGGGGGCUCCCAAAACGGCGUCGGGAGCCCCGUCGGCCGGAGCGGGUCUCUCCGGUCUCUUUUGGCCCGGGAGUCGCAAAGACGCGGCGGCGGCAGCGGCCGCUGCUUUCUACCCGCCUUUCUGCAUGUUUUGGCCGCCCCGCGCACCGGGUGGGCUGCCGGGGUUGCCCACUUACCUGCAGCCCCCGCCGCCCCCUCCGCAACCGCCGGGCUGCUCGGCCCUGGGCGGGGAGAGCUCCAGCCUGCUCCGCCAAGCUUUCCUGGACCUGGCUGCCGAGCCCAGCGGCGGGGGGGCGGCCGCCGGGUUGGGGGCGCCUCCCGCCGCCGCCCCCCAGGCUAGCGGUGCCGCGGGCGGGGGCAGCAGCCGGGAGCCCCGCGCUUUCGAAGGCGGCGGCGAGAGCGGCGGGUCCCCCACUUCCGAGGGCGCGGUGCCCUCUGCCCAUUUGCUGGACGGCCAAGGGCGGCCCAAGGGGGGCUCUGCCUACCACCACUCCAGCGCCUUCCGCCCGGUGGGCGGCAAGGAGGAUUCGGAGAGCCUGGCCAAGCUCCAUCAACACCAUCAGCCGCCGGGCCGGCCUUCCUCGCCGCCGCCGCCGCUCCUGCUCCUGCCGGCCGAUCGCGAGCCUGCCCUCCAGCCCGCCGGACCCCGGCUUCUCUCCCCCGGCGGGACCAGUUGCAGCUUCCCCAGCGAGGACAGCAGCGAGGAGGAAGAAGAGGAAGAGGAGGAGGAGGAGGAAGAGCCGGAGGUGGACGAUAACCCGGCUGUCCCCGAGGCCGAACAGCUGCCGCGACCGCCGCUCCCCCCGUCUGCGCCCCCCUGCCUCCCCAAAGGGCCCGGCAGCCCCACCCUCCACGCAGCCCAGGAGAGCCCAACGACGCCGUACAAAGAUAUUCCGAAAAGCAAGGAAGCCCACCCCGUCAGUCUCUCUUCUACCAAGGAAGAUAAUUUUUCAGAUAAGAACAAGGAGCACAGUUUUUUCAUCACGGACGCCGAACAUCCAGGAGAGUUUUGGAGAAAUAUAGCAGGUGACCCCAUCCAGGAACCCAGCGAACCCCAUUCUCUGAAAAAGGACAUGGAAAACAUGGGAAAAGAAGAACUUCAGAAGGUCUUGUUUGAACAGAUCGAUUGGCGUAGGAGGCUUGAACAGGAAUUCCAAGUGCUCAAAGGAACCACCUCAUUCCCAGUUUUCAAUAAUUUUCAAGAUCAGAUGAAGCGGGAGUUGGCCUACAGAGAAGAAAUGGUUCAACAAUUACAAAUUAUCCCCUAUGCAGCAAGCUUGAUCAGGAAAGAAAAACUUGGCACACAUCUCAGCAAAAGCUAA